AUGAAUGUCAGCACAGUAGGCAUAGAUUCGAUACAAACAAUAGACAUCCCCGAUUACGCUGCCUCUUCAACCCCUUCACCCUCACUUUCACAAGAAUGCAAUUCGACAGUUGAUCCUCGUUCAGAAAUAGUUCUACCUCCAGGAAAAGCUACAAUUUGUGAAUUAUCUAAACCUCAUCCUCAAGUCUCUGUUGCACCAAUUGUAGUUUCCCAAGAAUCUACUAAAACCUCAGAAAAUAUUAUUCACAGUGAAGUAUGCUCCACCAUUACAUUGGAACCAGAAACAGUGUCUCUUAAAGCUUCUUCUACUUUGGAGCCAGAUGCUACAAAUAAUAAUAUUAUGCAUCCUUUAAAAAGUGAUGCAUUGUUACCAGGUACCUCAAAAAUACACGCAGAUAUGUGGACCGUGAUGACCCACCGCAUCCGGAACCUGGAUGUUCAAACUUUCAUUACAGUCCCGUAG